AUGGCCGGUCGGGCUCUCCAACUGCUACCUCGAGACGGCCACCACCGUACUUUCACUGCCUCCUCUAUCACACUGAAACGUCGUGGAAGACGUAAAACCUCCAAUAACGAUGGGAGUGCCGACGAAGAUCCAUUCGCAAUCCUGGAGGAAGCAGCGAGGCGGACCACCACUCCGCAGGUCAUUGAUCCAGCUACGACUUUUCGUCCCAAGCCACUGCCAAACCCGACUAUGCAGCAGGAUGAAGAGCACUUCCCCACGUUAGGAAAAAUGGCAAGCAAAAAGGCACAGGGCAAGCAGGCGGCUAGGGUACCAUCAAAGACAAAAAAGCAGAUAGACGACGAGGAGGCUGCUGCUUUCCUAGAAGAAGCAACCAAGCGCGUCACCAGUCAACGCGCUCCUGCUCAAACGAUAGCUCCGGUUGAAGCGCAGAAGAACUUGCAACGUGCGCCUCAAUCGGGUGUGAACGUAAGACACGGGGUGGUGGCGAGCAUUCCAUUUAGAACACCAAGUCAGAUCAGAGAAGGACAGCCUACGGUAUUUGAAGACGAAGCAAGCAGUGUCACUAGGCUACAGAUGUCUGAGCAGUCAAAAGUUCCGGCUCAGACGCACCGGAUCUCAUCCCAAGGCCACCAAGCACAAGAGGAAGAAGAGAACGAGAAGGCUGCUUUCGUAGAAGAAAUUCGGAAGCACGUGAACUAUAAAAAGAUGUCCGAUCUACUGACAGCAUCAGUUCAAACGCCGCAGUUACUCACCCCUGCAUUGUGGAACCGAAAGAAAACAGGUGAAGAAAAGGCCACGAGUCGCGCCAAUCAUGGAGGCCUUUCUGAGCUGCGAGGAAGCUCAGCUAAAUCCCCCAAGGGAAUGGCUGGUCCGAAACAGACUACCAGAGAGGCGCUUUCUCGCAAAGGUGACUCAAGUGCUAAAUUAGGUGCUCAGAAUGCUGCAGGCUCUAGUAAAGCUACAGUCGCUGCGGAUGGAAAGGCUUUUCCGAGCCAUUUAACCAAUAAUCGCUCCGGGGAAGAACUUCAGAAAUGGUACAAGGAAGCUGUAGAGCGCGUCAUGAGCCAUGAACGGCGCUCGGAAAUGGCUACGUCGCAGCGUGAUCCGUAUUCCAAUCUUCAUCAGCCUGCCAAAAGAAAGAUGCCUCACCCACGGGAGCCAUGGGUUUUCCGGACUUCCAGACGGACGAUAUCAACGAAGGCAUCCAAAAGUGAUCCAAGUGGAGGCGAGCCGCAACAUACAGGUAAACCAUUGGAGUCACCCUCGUGCGCAGGGUCGGGGACGAAAAUGGUUGAACCCAUGGUCCAUGAGGUCGCUGCUGAUAAUCGACUCGAUGCGGAAGCCCACAGCUCGUCCGCAUCCCUACAGAAAAACACACACCUACCGUCUGUCUUUCUGGAAGAAAGCAAUCCUAGUCCAGUGUUAAUAGACAGCAAGCGCUCUAGUGGUGUGUUGUCGAGCCUUGAGCGCGAGGAGUUGUCCUCGCUGCUGUCAUCAUUAAAAGCAAGGGACACGGAGAAACAAUACACAAAGCCAAAAGCGGACGUGAAGGCAUUCUCCAAUAGCAUCCCCAUCUCGCCCUAUCAGCGUGUACAGACCAAUGAACAUCCAGUGAAAGCGCGGGCCAGAGCAGAAGCAAAGCAGCGACUCUUGGACAAUCCUUGGGCAGUGUUGCUCGCAAGCCCAGUCCGCAUGUGCCAGGCUACAGGAGUGAGACUCCCCAAAAAGAUAAUGGUGGGCUGGAGUUAUGUACGCAGUCCAAAGGAUGACCAGAUUUACCUCAUGCCUGAGGAACUAGCAAAUUUGUCGCAGUUGGGUGCAGAGGGAAGGAAUAAUUCAUUGUCCAACAAGUUUUCUGGGGAAGGUAGACACCAGCGCACCCUAGGCAGUGAUCCUACGGUACCUGCUGACGUUACGAAGUCUACAGUCACCAACGUCUCAGCACCCUCGACUUGGUCUGGAAAUGGUCUUGACGAAAAAGGACAGGGUCAUGGAAGUGAGAACUCAAUCGUUGCUCAAACAACCUCGGAGUCUCAUAAACCCAACCCUACAAUUUCCCCUGCCAAAUUACAUAUGCGGCCGUCCUCGAUCCUCCUACGGGAGCUCAGUAAGAGAAUGCGUGGAACCGGCGAACGCGCAAUCAAGACCACUCCUGGCACUGUCAACCGUCUCGUUCCGAAUCGAUGGAGAGAGCAAGCCCGGAAGUUUGAAAAAUCUGCAGAAGCAAGGAGUCCUCAAGUAGGUUUUUUGACGACGCAGGAAAUGCACAAAGUUCAGUGGCAUCCGAACAUUGAAAACAUAAUGUUGAACUUGCUGCAAUCAAGGGUCUUGAAGGCGCUGGAGGUUACAGUGAUGAGGAAUGCUCACCAAACUGGGAUCCACCGGCGGAUCAUUCCCUUGCCUUCGGUAGGAUCGGGAACUUCCGAGGAGCGUUCUACGAUGGUCACUUCUCCUGGCAUCAAGCAAGCAGUCUUGCUGUGGUUGGGUAAUGAAGAGUCCAGCAGAAGUACCUCACCAGAUUCCGAAAGCAAUACGCGUCAGUCCUCGCACCCUCCACCAGCAGCUCCGUCGACUUCCGCUAGCUCGAUACUUCGAUUCGUGCCCCAUAAUGACGAUAACAAAGUCGUCACAUCGCCAUCUGGAGACGCGCGGGGCGAACCAGACCAUGUCUUUAUCCCAAUCUGGACACACGACUCGACCGCACAUGCAACCAAUCAAUCUGAUCAUACCGUUCAGAAUCCGUACGCCCCUUCCACCAUCUCCCUCGAGCUCUACAACGCCACCAACAACCAUAGCCCUACAGACAAGCCAGUCACCUAUUCGCUCCCGGCCUUCGACCUCCACGCCCUCUUGGGCGAAUCAUCCACCAUAAAACUCCACACACUCUCCCAGUCCAACCAAGCCAUCGCGGACGCUUUCGGUCUCAAUCACCAGAACGAGGCAAGCGGCUGGGUGAUGGUAAAAGGUGGGUACGGAGUGAAAGGUUUCAAGAAGCUGGUUCAGGAAGUUUGGAGGUUGUGGCUUUUUGUGGGUGGGAGGAGAUUGGAGGAGAAUAGAGACGAGUAG